AAAACCCGUAUGGGCAUGCGUAGUGCGGUGCGGUGCGGAAAUAGUGUGGCCAUGCGCAGUACGCAAAUUUAGAACAGAGAGGGAUCAAAAAUUGUGACAUUGGUGUCUGUGUAGUCUUUUAUUUGGGAGAAUAUUACUUAAGAAGUCAUUUUGGAGCUUGUGUUAUGGAGAAUACAAGCAGACUGCUGUCGUCCAGAGGGGCCCGUAUUGCUGGAUAUGAAAGUAUCCUGGGUAAAGGGUUAGACAUGUACGUGAGAGAUCCUUACGAGCAAGACACAAACCCCCAGGGAAUCUUAAACUUGGGAACCAGUGAAAACAAGCUAUGCUAUGAUAUUAUACACGAAAGACUGACAAGACCUGGUGUGAGCUCUCUGGCUCCACACCUCUUGCAGUACUCAAAUGUACAGGGCUUAGAAAGCUUCAGAGGAGAAAUUGCCAAAUUUCUCACAGAAUAUGCCAGAGCUCAAAAUCCAUUGGACCCGGAGCAUAUUGUGGUCAUGAACGGAUGCGGCUCUGUCCUUGCUUCACUCACUGCUGUUUUGUGUGACUCGGAAGAUGGUUACCUAAUCCCAACUCCCUAUUAUGGGAGUGUAUAUCCAGAUUCAUGGCUCUAUGGAAAAGUUAGACCAGUACAUGUACAUCUGGACAGCAAGAUGUCCAAUGGGGAAAGCCAGCCCUUUAUGUUGACAGUUAAAAAAUUAGAAAAUGCCAUGACAGAGGCCACAAAGCAGGGCAUCAGAGUCAGAGCUUUAAUCCUGAUCAACCCUCACAAUCCAUUAGGGGACAUUUACCCUGCACACUUACUGAAAGAAUGUCUAGACUUUGCAUACAGAUAUGGACUGCAUGUAAUCGUUGAUGAAAUUUACAUGCUGUCAGUGUAUGACGGCACCUUCACCAGUGUUCACAGCUUAGACAGAUUGCCUGACCCAGAAAGAACACACAUUAUAUGGGGAUUUAGUAAAGAUUUUGCCAUGUGUGGAGUUCGAGUCGGAACCGUGUACACCCAGAGCCAGGAAGUUCGAAAGGCACUUAAUCGGCUAGCCUGUUUCCAUGCUUGCGCUGGCCCAGUGCAGCAGGUUCUUAGUCAUCUGAUCUUGGACCAAGAGUGGAUAAACAAUACAUUUCUGUCUGCUAACAGAAGACGACUCCUGGAGUCACAGAGAAUUCUUGUUAAUGGGCUUCAAAAACUCAACAUCCCUGUGCUUAAAUGUUGUGCUGGGCUUUUUGUGUGGGCUGAUUUCAGAAAAAAUAUGAAGACUCCAACCCUUCCCCACCAACUACUCCGUGCAACUCCUCCUGCAUAUACUACUGCAACUCCCUCCUGGCCAGCCUCCCUGCGUCUGCCACCCGCCCGCUCCAGCUCAUCCAGAGCUCCACUGCUCGCCUGGAGUUCUCUCUGCCUCGCUUCUCCCACGCUACUCCACUGGCUCCUGAUUACCACUUGCAUCCAGUUCAAGACGCUUGUACUCGCCUACCGACGCCUUGACCAGACUGCACCCAGCUACCUCCAGACCCCCCAUCCGACCUCUCUGCUACGCCUGCACUAUAAGACUGGCUGUACCUCCUCUACGCUUCCCUGCCUCCAGAGUCUGCUCCUUCUCCACCAUCGUCCCGCAAUGGUGGAACGACCUUUCUAUGGAUGUCAGGACUGCCCAGUCCCUGACCACCUACUGGCGCCUCCUCAAGACACACCGGUUCAGACAACACCAGUAAAACUCAACUCUUACCGUCUGGACAAUAUAGCACUCUGCCUUUAAUGCACUUUAACCUGCACUUAUCUGCGCCCUAUUUUACUGUAUUUUACUUUACUUAAUCCUGCGCUUAACCUAAUCCUGUAGUAUUUUGUAUUUCACUUGCACUUGUAUCUAACCCUGAUGUAACUCUCAGCACUGUUAUCUGCUCUUGAACU